CGGUCUAUUGCAGGAGGGCCUCAUCUACGAGAGCUACCAAAGACAGUUCGCCGAACAGGUACGAUAAGUUGCAUCAAUUCUACUUGCCCGCUUUUGCCUCAUCUCAUUUUUGCCCCGUCUCGUCGCUGCACCCGUCUGGGGCAGGGCAGGGUGGGACGGUGAUGCGCUGGCUUUUCUGGGCAGCCGCAGUGCACCAGUGCAGUGCCGGGGUACUGACAUUUUGGGUGCAGCAGGUGUCUCGUGGUGUGCCGGCAACGGCCGAGACUUCACGGGGGGUGUUUGGGCCGCUGAAAUUCGAGCCCGCACACAAAGAUGGAGAAGACGACAUUGAAGAAGAGGACGACGAGUCAGAUGCCGACGCUGAUGCAGAGGCCGAGGCGGACCCAGAGCCAGAGCCGGAGGAGUUUGAGAACCCGCGAAAGCGCCCAGUUGAUAGGCAGCAUCACGCAUUGCCCAAUGCGUCCCCUGCUAAGCGGCAGAGACUGAGCAACGGUCAUGAAAACGGGGCCGAUUCAGCUACCCCAAUGGACAUUGACAACAACCACGCCUAUCCGUCACCGCUGGAAGGCGAGCAAGCCGCAUCGCCGCUGCCGCACACAGAGGGCCCCGACCAGGGCACGCAAGUCGACAAGGUGCACGAGCUCACGCAGGAAACCGUGUUUUUGCGCCUGGGCGUCGACGAGGCUUCUGAAGCGUCGCCCGCCCGAGCUAGCGAAAACCCUCUUGUACUGCUCUGCGAGUGGAACCCCCAAGACCCAUCCAUCUUGGCGGCUGCCGGCACCGAUGCGCUAGCCCGCGUUUGGACUAUCGAUGCGCGUGGAGCCGCCCUAGAGUCGUCGGAUAGAGAGGGCAUGCUCGGUCACGUGAGCGACGCUGGUGUCAGCCGCCCCUUCAUGAACCUGGUCGAGCCCGAUGUACCCAAGAACGCAACCGUGUCCGCCAUGGCCUGGAACUGGAGCGGCGACGCCAUUGCAAUGUCGAUCGAUAUCGGCAGCAAGGCGCGCAUCACUAUCUGGGGACGUGAUGGUACCAACUCACACCGUUUCGAGGGCCUCGAGUCGCCCGUCAUCAAGCUGCGCUGGAAUCCCAACAACGACCUCAUCCUCGGCAUCAGCCCCGAGAAAAGCAGCAGUCUGAUCACGAUAUUCUCCGCCUCGACUGGCAACUCCAUCUCGCAUCUCGUUGAAGCUCACAACCUAGACGCCGAUGCGCUUGAUGCGACCUGGAUCAGCGAUACGGACUUCAUCCUCUGCGGAGGCGAUACUCUGAUUAGCCUCCGCCAUGUCCAGGGGCAGGGUAUUACGCCUGGCAGGGCUUUCGCCACGGGGAGCGAAGAGGCCUUUAGCCAUGUACAGUUUGACUGGCGUGGUGGGCUGAUCGCCACGGCCAGUGACAAGGGUCACAUUGACAUUUGGAAUGAGGCCGGCCAACGCCGCUCCAUUUCCGCACACAUUGGUGUGAUUACUACUCUGCAGUGGCAACCACUGCAAUCAGACGCUCCUGACAAUGAGAGGCUGCUGGCUUCGGGCGGAGAAGACGGCGCCAUAUGCAUCUGGAACGUGCACAGUUCGGACAACCGACCUAAGUAUUCCAUGACCAUGACGCAUUCGGUGCUCGCCCUCUCAAUGACUCCUGAUGGAGCUUUUAUUGCUGGGGCAACGAGCGAUAGGGUAUUGAUUUGGAAGGUAGGCGAUCACGCCAUGCCCAGAGCUAGCUGGACUAGGGUCCCACAUCCCGGCUGGCAGAGCCCAAAGGUUCCCCCCGAGUCAGAUGAGGAGUUCACGCCGUGUCUGGGAUGGGAUUCCGAGGGAAAGAAGCUCGUCUACGGCGCCAACAGCCGUCUUGCUGUCAUCAAUUUUCGCUAGGUACGGAAAGCACUGCAAACCGAUAGUAGCGGUCUUUCCCCCGGAAUUCAUCAUCCCCGCCUGUCAGGAUAGGGUCCUGUCCGCGGCGGGAACUAUCGUUCAGUCUCUCGUGGAGGGCCAGGAACGUUCAAUGAUGCUCGACUUGGAACUCGACUGUCACGCCCGGCCG